AUGGCGUCCGAAGUUCUGUGGAGAUCAAGCAUCAGCACGGAUUCUCUCGUUGGUGGAUUUUGCGUAGAUUCUGAUGAUUCGAUCCUCUAUACUACUAAGCCGCAUGGUAUUUAUCGGAUAGGUGUCACUCCAAUAAAGAACGUUUUGACAGAACCCGAAGCCGAUGAUCCUUUUGCCACAUUGUUAUCUUCUCCACGCAAAUUGAUAUCCCACGGUGCUUCCCAGAUAACUCAAAAGGGUUUUGCUUUCCUCAAUAAUGCCGUUAGCACUGCAAAAGAUAUUGGUGCCAACUCUGAUGUGCCUUAUAUACUGGAAGACGCAUGGAACAAAAUGAAUAUCAAAGAUGAUCUGGGUAGUCUCUUGCAAAAUGUGGUAGAUAUAGUCGAUCAAGCGGAUGAUGGAACUUUUUUCACACAACGCGAUGAGGUCAGGCCUAGUACUGUUUCUCGUCUGCCGGAUCAUGCUUAUGAAGCCAUCGAAGAGCCAGUGGCUAUCAAUGUUGUGCGUAAGGAAAAAGGAGUUCGUCGUAAAAGACUUUCUCAUUCCGAAUCUCACGAAAUCAGUGAUAGCCACUAUGACGACACAAUCUCCAUCGAUGAGAACACCCUUCUAGCUCUUACGAAGGCAAGUUCUGGGAGGACGCCUUUGUGA